AGAAGAUACAGAUAUAUUGCUUAAUCAACCAAAGCUAACCAUGAAGAAAAUUAUCAUCAAUACACGGCGCUCUUUUGUAAACAUUCCCAAUGUGAUCGUACCAGAUAUUGAAAAGGAAAUAAGAAGGAUGGAAAAUGGAGCAUGCAGCUCCUUUUCUGAUGAUGAUGACAGUGCCUCUAUAUUUGAAGAAUCAGAGAGUGAAAACCCUCAUGCAAGGGAUUCCUUUAGAAGUAGUAGACAUGGAAGGGGACGGCCAUCACAGAGGGAGCAGUACUUGCCUGGAGCCAUUGCACUUUUCAAUGUUAACAACAGCAGCAAUAAGGAGCAAGAACCAAAAGAAAAAAAGAAAAAGAAAAAAGAAAAGAAGCGCAAGCCAGAUGAUAAAAAUCAAAAUAAAAAGGACCCAGAAAAGGAAAAGAAGAAAGAAAAGGACAAAGACAAGAAAAAAAAAGAGGAGAAAGGCAAAGAAAAGAAAGAAGAGGAGAAGAAGAAAGUCGUGGUUAUUGAUCCCUCGGGAAACACAUAUUACAACUGGCUGUUUUGCAUCACCUUACCUGUCAUGUACAACUGGACCAUGAUUAUUGCAAGAGCAUGUUUUGAUGAACUUCAGUCUGAUUACCUAGAAUAUUGGCUCAUUCUUGAUUACUUAUCAGAUAUAAUCUAUCUUCUCGAUAUGUUUGUACGAACAAGGACAGGUUACCUAGAACAAGGACUACUGGUGAAGGAAGAGCUUAAACUCAUAGAGAAAUAUAAAUCAAACUUUCAAUUUAAACUUGAUGUUGUAUCAGUGAUACCAACUGAUCUGCUGUAUUUUAAUCUGGGCUGGAACUAUCCGGAAAUUAGAUUAAACAGACUGUUCAGGAUCUCUCGAAUGUUUGAGUUCUUCCAGAGAACGGAAACAAGGACAAACUACCCAAACAUCUUCAGGAUUUCUAACCUUGUGAUGUAUAUUGUCCUCAUCAUCCAUUGGAAUGCGUGUGUGUACUUCUCUAUUUCCAAAGCUGUUGGAUUUGGAAAUGAUACGUGGGUCUAUCCUGAUGUUAAUGAUCCUGAAUUUGGCCGUUUGGCUAGAAAAUAUGUAUACAGCCUUUAUUGGUCUACACUGACUUUGACCACCAUUGGUGAAACACCACCUCCUGUGAGGGAUUCUGAGUAUGUCUUUGUGGUGGCUGAUUUCCUAAUUGGAGUGUUAAUUUUUGCCACCAUUGUUGGUAACAUAGGUUCUAUGAUUUCCAACAUGAAUGCAGCCAGAGCAGAAUUUCAAGGAAGAAUUGAUGCGAUCAAGCAAUACAUGCAUUUUCGAAAUGUAAGCAAAGAUAUGGAAAAGAGAGUUAUUAAAUGGUUUGACUAUCUGUGGACCAACAAAAAAACAGUGGAUGAGAGAGAAGUCUUGAAGUAUCUGCCUGAUAAACUAAGAGCAGAGAUUGCCAUCAAUGUUCACUUAGACACGUUAAAAAAGGUGCGCAUUUUUGCCGACUGUGAAGCUGGUCUGUUGGUGGAGUUGGUCUUGAAAUUACAACCCCAAGUCUACAGUCCUGGAGAUUAUAUUUGCAAGAAAGGGGAUAUUGGACGAGAGAUGUACAUCAUCAAGGAAGGCAAACUCGCCGUGGUGGCAGAUGAUGGAAUCACUCAGUUUGUAGUAUUGAGUGAUGGCAGCUACUUUGGUGAGAUCAGCAUCCUUAACAUUAAAGGCAGCAAAGCUGGCAAUCGAAGAACGGCCAACAUUAAAAGUAUUGGCUACUCAGAUCUGUUCUGUCUCUCAAAAGAUGACCUCAUGGAAGCUCUAACUGAGUACCCAGAUGCCAAAUGUAUGCUAGAAGAGAAAGGGAAGCAAAUCUUGAUGAAAGAUGGUCUACUGGACAUAAACAUUGCAAAUGCUGGAAGUGAUCCUAAAGAUCUCGAAGAGAAGGUCACUCGAAUGGAGGGGUCAGUAGACCUCCUGCAAACAAAGUUUGCUCGGAUCCUGGCUGAGUAUGAGUCAAUGCAGCAGAAACUGAAGCAAAGACUAACCAAGGUUGAGAAAUUUCUGAAACCACUUAUUGACACAGAAUUUUCAGCUAUUGAAGUAUCUGGAGCUGAAAGUGGGCCCACAGACUCUACACAGGACUGA